AUGGGCAGCGCCGGGGGCCCCGCCGGGCCGCUCCUCGCCCUCCUCGUCGUCGCCGCCGCCGGCCUUCGCUGCUGCCGGAGCCGGGAAGUUGUCCUGCUGGACUUCGCCAGGGCUCAAGGGGACUUGGGCUGGCUCAACCAUCCCUACGGCAAAGGGUGGGAUCUUCUCCAGAACGUGAUGAACGAGACCCUCAUCUACAUCUACUCAGUGUGCAACGUGAUGGAGGGGGAUCAGGACAACUGGCUGCGGACCAACUGGAUCUACCGCAGCGAAGCUGAGCGCAUCUUCAUUGAGCUCCACUUCACCGUCCGGGAUUGCAACAGUUUCCCCGGCGGGACGGGCACAUGCAAGGAAACCUUCAACCUCUACUACGCGGAGUCGGACGUCGACCAUGGCAUCAACUUCCAGAAGCGGCAGUUCCGCAAAAUCGACACCAUCGCCCCCGACGAGAUCACCGUGCGCGAGGACUUUGCCGCCCGGAACGUCAAGAUCAACCGGGAGGUGCGCUCUGUGGGGCCGCUCACGCGAAAGGGCUUCUACGUGGCCUUCCAGGACAUCGGGGCCUGCGUGGCCCUCCUCUCCGUCCGGAUCUACUACAAGAAGUGCCCCAACGUCCUCCGCAACUUGGCCAGCUUCCCCGAGACCAUCGCCGGUGCCGACUCGCAGGCCUUGGCCAAGGUGCGGGGAGUGUGCGUUCCGGAUGCCGUGGCCGAGGAGGCGCCGCACUUGCACUGCAACUCGGACGGAGAGUGGCUGGUUCCCAUCGGGCAGUGCCUUUGUCGCCAGGGCCACGAGAAGGACAGGGGCGGCAGCUGCAGGGCCUGCUCUGCUGGCUUCUUCAAACCAGACGUCUCCAACAGCACCUGCUCCAAGUGUCCGCGGCACACGCUGCCGUCUUCCGAAGGCGCCACCUCCUGCCCCUGUCAAGAAGGCUAUUUCCGGGCUGCGAGUGAUCUGGUCUCUUUGCCCUGCACACGUCCACCAUCUGCUCCCCGGGGUGCCAGAGCGAUAGGUCUGGGUGCCAAGGUGCAGCUGCUCUGGUCCCCGCCUCAGGACACGGGAGGCCGCCAGGACAUCACGUACAGUGUGACGUGCGAACAGUGCUGGCCAGAGUCGGGGGGCUGCCAGCCCUGUGAUGCUUCCGUCCGGUACUCGGAGCAGGUCCACGCCAUGACAGGCACCCGCCUCACCGUCAGCGACCUGGAGGCGCACGUGAAUUACACCUUCACGGUGGAGGCCAGGAACGGCGUCUCGCCCUUCAGCACAGAGCGGAGUUUUGCGGUUACCAGCAUCACCGUCAACCAGACGGAGCCCCCCCGGGUGACCUCGGUGACCAUGGAGAGCCGCACGGCCACCAGCCUCACCCUGUCCUGGACGGUCCCUCCCCGGCAGCAGAGCCACGUCUUGAAAUAUGAGGUCACCUACAGUAAGAAGAAGGAUGAAAACAGCUACUCGGUCGUGCGCUGUGAAGGCAGCUCCAGCUCUGUGACCCUGCUGAAGUUGACCCCGAGCACCAAGUACCUGGUGCGCAUUCAGGCUCAGACCCAGGAGGGCUACGGGGCCCACACCAUGGAUCACGAGUUCGAGACGCUUGCUGAACCCUCUGAUAGCAUGCACACUGCCGCCGUUCUGGGGGGCGCCAUCGCCGGCCUCAUCGUCAUGGUUUUUGUGGUGCUGGCCAUUGUCCUGGUGAUUCGCCAGAGGAAGAAGAAAUUGCGAGCGCGACAGACACCGGAGGACGUUUACUUCUCCAAGGCUGACCAGCUGAAGCCGCUGAAGACCUACGUGGACCCCCACACUUACGAAGACCCCAGCCAGGCUGUGCUGAAGUUCACCACAGAGAUCCCUUCCUCCUGCGUUUCCCGGCAGAAAGUCAUUGGGGCAGGUGAAUUUGGGGAAGUCUACAAGGGGAUCCUGAAACAUGGCAAAAAGGAUCUCCCGGUAGCCAUCAAGACGCUGAAAUCAGGCUACACGGAGAAGCAGCGCAUCGACUUCCUGAGCGAAGCCAGCAUCAUGGGACAAUUCAGCCACCACAACAUCAUCCGCUUAGAGGGGGUGGUCUCCAAAACCAAGCCUUUCAUGAUCAUCACGGAAUACAUGGAGAAUGGCGCACUGGAUCGGUUCCUGCGGGAGAAGGACGGGGAGUUCUGUGUCCUGCAGCUGGUGGGCAUGUUGCGGGGCAUCGCUGCAGGCAUGAAGUACUUGGCCAGCAUGAACUACAUCCACCGGGACUUGGCUGCUCGCAACAUCCUGGUCAACAGUCAACUGGUCUGCAAAGUCUCUGACUUCGGUCUCUCCCGGGUGCUGGAGGAGGAUGCCGAUGCCACCUACACCACCAGCGGUGGGAAGAUCCCGAUCCGCUGGACAGCGCCCGAGGCCAUCUCGCACCGCAAGUUCACCUCCGCCAGUGACAUCUGGAGUUACGGGAUUGUGAUGUGGGAGGUGAUGUCCUACGGGGAGCGGCCCUACUGGGAACUCUCCAACCAUGAGGUGAUGAAGGCCGUCAAUGAGGGCUUCCGGCUGCCGGCGCCCAUGGACUGCCCGUCCGCCAUCUACCAGCUGAUGAUGCAGUGUUGGCAGCAGGAGCGGAGCCGCCGGCCCAAGUUCAGCGACGUGGUUGGCAUCCUGGACAAACUCCUCCGUGCUCCCGACUCACUCAAGACCUUGGCAGACUUCGACCCUCGGGUCUCCAUCCGCCUGCCCAGCACCAGCGGCUCGGAGGGGAUCCCUUUCCGAACGGUGCCCGACUGGCUGGAGUCCAUCAGGAUGCCCCAGUACACGGAGCACUUUGUGGCCGCCGGCUACGAUGUCAUUGAGAAGGUGGCCCAGAUGACCAGCGAGGACAUCAAGAGAAUCGGGGUGCGUCUCCCAGGGCACCAGAAGCGCAUCGCCUACAGCCUCCUGGGCUUGAAGGAGCAGGUCAGCGCCGUGGGCAUCCCCAUCUGA